AUGAAAGACAUUAUUGAACGCGCAAAGCCUUUGAAGCGCGCAAAGUAUGUCUGUAUGGAGGGAGCAGAUAAGCUACCUAACGGUUAUUACGGCACCUCAGUCAAGUUGAACUGGGUGAUGGACCCAAACCGAGGAAUCAUGCUUGCUCAUGGUAUGAACGGCGAGAUGCUGCGACCUGACCAUGGCAAGCCGCUUCGAGCAGUCAUCCCUGGUCAGAUUGGAGGAAGAAGUGUAAAGUGGCUAAAGAAGUUGAUCAUUACGGCUGAGCCAAGUGACAACUGGUACCACAUUUACGACAACCGAGUAUUACCAACAACCAUCGACCCAGACGAGGCUGCAAAGAACCCAAAAUGGUGGAUGGAUGACCGCUACGCCAUCUACGACCUGAGUCCUAAUUCUGCCAUUGCACGUCCCGCGCAUGAUGAAAAACUUGAAAUUAAAUCAGCACCCAAGUCCUACAAAGUUGAAGGCUACGCCUACAGUGGCGGUGGACGUCGCAUAACUCGAUGUGAAGUCUCGCUAGACAAGGGCAAAACGUGGCGCUUGGCCAAUAUCGACUAUGCAGAAGACAAGUACCGUGCCCACGAAGACCGCGAACUUUUCGGCGGCCGUCUCGACAUGGACUGGCGAGAAACGAGUUUCUGCUGGUGUUUCUGGAACCUUGACAUUGCGAUCGCUGAGCUGCAAGAAACUGAUGACAUUGUCGUCCGCGUUAUGGAUGAGGCCAUGUGCAUACAGCCGCGUGACAUGUACUGGAGUGUACUCGGUAUGAUGAACAACCCCUGGUUCAGAAUAGUCAUCCACAAGGAAGGCGACACGCUCCGCUUUGAGCACCCAACACAACCUGCCUUGAUGCCUGGAGGUUGGAUGGAGAGGAUCAAGAAGGCAGGUGGCAACUUGACGAAUGGGUAUUGGGGUGAACACAUCAAUGGGCAGGAGCCAGAGCACGCUGCUAUCGAGGACGCUAAGGAGAUCAAGAUGACAAAAGACGGUGUUGACAAGCAGAUAUCGAUCGACGAACUCAGGAAACACGACAAUGCGGAGAAUCCUUGGUUCGUCGUCAAUGGUGAGGUCUACGAUGGAACUGUAUUUCUAGAAGGUCAUCCCGGUGGCGCGCAAAGUAUUGUCAGCGCAGCAGGGCUUGAUGCUUCAGACGAGUUCAUGGCAAUUCGAAACACAACUAACACUCUACAAGACAGCGAGACUGCCAAAGCAAUGAUGCCAGACUAUCACAUCGGCAGCCUCGACGAAGCAUCCCGCAAAGUCCUAGCCGAAGGCGAACCCGUCAACGAGUCCACCGAGCCCCGACCAGUCUUCCUAGAUGCACGCAUAUGGAACCGGGCCCUACUCCACGCGAAAACCCCAGUAUCGUGGGACACCCGCAUUUUCACCUUCAAGCUCGACCACGACCAACAAGCCCUCGGCCUCCCCACAGGCCAACACCUAAUGAUCCGCUUGCGCGACCCCGUGACCCGCGAAGCCAUCAUCCGCUCCUACACGCCCAUUUCGCAAACCUCCAAACUCGGCUUCUGCGACGUGCUAAUCAAAGUGUACGCCGACACGCAAGAAAAAGUCGGCGGGAAAAUGACCAAAGCGCUCGAUGCGAUUCCCGUCGGCCAUUUUGUGGAUUUUAAGGGCCCGAUUGGCAAGUUUGAAUAUCUGGGAAAUGGGCGCUGUAGUAUCAAUGGGAAACAGCGAAGUGUUAAGAAAUUAUACAUGGUCUGUGGAGGAAGUGGCAUCACGCCUAUUUUCCAGGUCCUGCGCGCUGUUAUGCAGGAUAAAAACGACCCGACCCAUUGCACGGUCCUGAAUGGCAACCGUCUGGUAGAAGAUAUCCUGUGUCGCGAGGACUUGGAUGUGUUCGCGAGGGAGAACCCGGAGAGGUGUAAGUUGCUAUACACGCUUACUAAGGGACCGGAGGAUUGGGAGGGCUUGAGGGGCAGAAUUGGGAAGGAGUUGUUGGGGGAGCAGUGUAAGGUCGAUGGCGAGGGGAGCAGUUUGGUGUUGAUUUGUGGGCCGGAGGCGUUGGAGAAGAGUACGCACAAGGCGCUGAAUGAGAUGGGGUGGAGGGACGAGGAUUUGAUGUUCUUCUAG